CUCCCGAGAAGCUCGAACAGCGGACCGACAUUAAAGUGAAACUAGAAAAGACUCGUGAUACGGAUAUUUGACAAGCCAAAGCAGAUAGUUUGUUGUCAAACAGCAGUGAAGGAAAAGUUGGGUGCUAAUGAGUACAAUUCCACACUCUGUCAGUGUUGCCUAUGAUUGGCUCAUGGACAACAUAGACAUUGAUGACAUUUGCCAUGGAAACUGUUCCGGCCAUGGUGGAUGUCUGGAUGGAAAGUGUGCUUGUUUGGUGCAGUUUACAGGAGGUACCUGCCAGGAUCCAAACAAUGGCUACUUUGUGGCAUUUGGCUGUAUAUUUAUUAUGCUGAGUAUUGUGUCAUUUGUUCAGUUGUGUUUGUGUAUUAGGAAUGAGUACAUUAGUCAGGGGAGGAAAUCUCUAAAGGAGGCCAUCUUUCGCCUGACAGGCCAGAAGUUAUUGUAUGCACUAACAAUAUUUGCUACAGCCAUAAGAGGCAUAUACUUCUUCACAAAGUUACAUGUAUCGGAGCUGGUCUCUAACAACCUGUGGACGGCCUACUAUCCUCUUCUUCUGUCCUGUUUCUCCUUCAUCGUCUGCUUCUGGGCAGAGGCAUUCCAUGUCGAGUUUGAACGAAACCAACACCGUUUUCUUGGCAAGUCAUUUAUUGGAUUUUUCAUAUUCAAUCUCUUCAUAUACUGCCUGUUGUUUGUGAACAUGGUGCUGUUGGAUGUGGUUCCUAAUGAUGCCUAUGCUGAUUUAAUUACCAAGGUGACCAAUGGUAUAUUUGCUGGUACGAUGAUCAUUGCUGUUAUCUUCUUUCUGAUUUAUGGCGUAGAAGUUUAUUUCAAGGUCCGUGGAGCAUUUACUAAUGGAGACAGCGAUGUAGACCCGUGGCAGUUGAGUAUGUCCCGUCUGGGUUUGGUCUCCCAGGCCAUGUUCCAGUUCUGUUUGGCUCUAUUUCUUCUGUCUGACAUAACUAAGGAUGUAUGGAAACACAGACUGCCAAUCCUGAGUCAGAACUUCUAUGACAUUGGGUUCCGGGUGGUGGAGUUCAGUGUGGCCGUCUGGUUUCCCUGUGUCCUGUGGAACUGUAAAAGUCCAGAAAAUCUGUGGGUCCUCAACCCAAAGAAACUGUUUAGUUCUGCCAAAACAGUGUUCGAUGAGAGUACAGAAGACAAAUACAUCAGAAGUACAGAUUAUCAGUCUUACGGUUCCUGUAACCCAAGUGUCAUUGAUGGAAAGCAUGACUGUUGGAUCUGUUACGACCCCGAAAGACAGGAUGCUGGACAUCUCAUACAGCCAUGUGAGUGUAAGGGUGACAUGGCUACCGUUCACCACGAAUGUCUCCGCAAGUGGCUCAUGGAGUGCAUUGAAGAUGACAGAGACUUCAAAUGUAAAGUGUGCAACGUCAAGUACAAAUUACAUGUGGGAUCAAUCUGGCUCCCUAAGGGUAUGAAGCCGAGGCACUGGGUUCAGACAUUCUUCUCCCUCAUCAUCAUGGUCGGCUGUCCGUUUGCUGCUUAUACCAUUUCCCAUACACUGGAUGUUACACAGACCUACAUCAAUGUCCUCAUCAUCGGAAUCACACUGCUGGUUGAAUUCUCCUGUCUCCGGAUGCUGGCUAUUAACUUAGGAAUUUGUUACAAACGGGGCCAUGUAUCGACACUGUCAAUAGCAGGAAGAAUAAAAACUUUGCCAAAACCAAAGCCUGUUAAUGAAGGAGAGCAGAUUCUACAACAACAGUCAUCGGAAAGUGAAAGUGAUACAAACACAGCAGUGAUUUCUACAGCAGAUCAAAUUGUUACUGACGAGGAAAGGACUAAUGUUAUAAGGACAGGACUGACUAACUCCCGGAGUUGUUCCAUAUCAAUUGAGGCUGUGAUUGAGAACCAUCGACUGUGAUCUGUUACAUGGAGAUGUAUGGUCAUCAUUAUAUCAUGUCCCUCCUAAAAAUAUAUCACUUUCAUCCAACUUUAUCAAACAGAAACUUGUGGGGAUUUUAUGCUACCUAAGUCACUUGACAAAUUUCCACACAGGUUGGUACCUUAGUUGUAGAUUAUCUCCCUUUAACACACUAUGUUACAUUUUUGUUAACACAUUUUUGUUAACACAUUUUUGUGGUUGUUCAGAAUUUCCUAUUCUAAUUGUGCUAUGUCUGCUGUUAUGUUCUCUGUAGAUUCCAAUCCAAUGAAUGUUCAAUUCUAUUUUUUGUUAUUUAUUGUACAGUUGUAUACUCAAAAAUUGGGUAAACAUGCAGGUGCUUGAAUCAAUUUAUUUUUGUAUGACUUUUUUAUUUACUUAAUUAGCAAUACUUAAUUAGUAGUUAGACAUAUCAAAUACAUGGCUAUUUUCAUCCAGUGAUAGUUUCUUGUUUGAUAAUUUGUAUGUGAUUAUUCAGGUUUGUUCCAGAAAUAAACCAUAUGUGAUGAUCAGGUCCAUUCCAUGAAAUUACAAUAUGUACAUUACAGAACGUAUUCCGUGUGGAUUAAGACCGUAGAUUUACAGAUAUAGGUAAAUCACUUUAGAAUCUGUUAUAGAUUAGGUAAAUCACUUUAGAAUCUGUUUUAGAUUAGGAUCUGUUUUAGAUUAGGUUAUCAAUCAUUAUUUUUGUUACCAGAUGAUAAUCCUUAUUUAUACAUGCAGGUGUUUUAUACAUCAUCCACAUAGGACCGACUCUGAUAUUUACAAUAAUGAUUUAGAACCGACUCUGAUAUUUACAAUAAUGAUUUGAAGUGAUCUGUGAUAUUUUAUUAUAUAAAUGUAUAUAACUAUAUAUACCUCAAGCAUUAGAUUUAUAGGUUAACAUUCUGAAAUAAGGGUAUCUGUCUGUUCAUCUGCCUGUCUAUUGCCAAAAGUCUGUCCUAAUACCAUAAAAGCAACAUCAUGGUUGGAUACCCUUGGUUAAUUACUCUAUCCUACACUACACUUAUAUCUCUAAUAAGUGUACUUAACUGUUCCUAACCUACACUUAGGUAUAGUGUAGUGUAAGGCAAUCAACCUGGGUAUACAUGUAUAUGAUACCUAAGUCAUCAUUAAAAUAAAUAGAAUUCAUAUCAUUCUUGCUCUUUCUAUCUCGUCUGUAACACUUAUUUUAUGUAUUAGUUGCCUACAUGAAGGGAUUCGUUUUAGCUGUGAUGCCUUGUUUUUCAUCUUAAUAUUUUUGUCAGAGUUAUGCCACUUUAAUGAAUACCUUGCUGCUAUUACAUGUACAUGAUUACUGUAGAUGAUUUCCUGUAUGGGAGCUGGGAGAUCAUAAAUUUUGGCUUACAAUUAUAGUUUAUUUUACUGUUACACAAUUAAUUCACAUGUUAAAAAGAGAAAAUAUGAGUGAAAAUAAAUGAAAUAUGAAGCCGGUACUUGAGAUUUGAAAAAGAUUACAGGUAAAUUUGUUAUGAAAUUUGCUAAUAUGAAGACCUAGGCCGUUUUCGUUUAUCUUGGUCCAAAAGGUUGAACUUAUUGUUCAUUUAUGAAACACAUAUCACUAUGAUGAUAUACAACACCUUAUUCAGGGUGCAAGAUAUCAGUGUGAGCAUAUAUGAUAUGUGAGUGGGAGGUGUCAGAUAUCUGUGUAAGGAUAUACAUGUGAGUGGGAGGUGUCAGAUAUCCGUGCGAGGAUAUAUGAUAUGUGAGUGGGAGGUAUCAGAUAUCCGUGUGAGGAUAUACAUGUGAGUGGGAGGUGUCAGAUAUCCGUGCGAGGAUAUAUGAUAUGUGAGUGGGAGGUGUCAGAUAUCAGUGUGAGGAUAUAUGAUAUGUGAGUGGGAGUGUCAGAUAUCCAUGUGAGGAUAUAUGAUAUGUGACAUCUAAGGUCAUUUAAGGACGGCCUCCCGUGCGUGCGACAUGCAUGUGUGUGGCGAGUGCGUAUGUGAUAGGCCGGAACUUUUGCCGAUUUAAAGUGCUACCUCACUGAAGCAUACUGCCGAAGACACCCAGCAGCACACCCCACCCGGUCACAUUAUACUGACAACGGGCAAACCAGUCGUCCCACUCCAAAUAUGCUGAGCGCUAAGCAGGAGUAGCAACUACCAUUUUUAAAGACUCGUAUGGUAUGUCUCGGCUAGGGGACAAAACCCAAAGCCUUCCUCACAGGGGCGAACGCUCAACUAAAGGCAUGUGAGUGAGAGAUGUCAGAUAUCCAUGUGAGGAUAUACAUGUGAGUGGGAGGUGUCAGAUAUCUGUGUGAGGAUAUAUGAUAUGUGAGUGGGAGGUUUCAGAUAUCUGUGUGAGGAUAUAUGAUAUGUGAGUGAGAGAUGUCAGAUAUCCAUGUGAGGAUAUAUGAGUUGGAGGUGUCAGAUAUCCGUGUGAGGAUAUAUGAGUUGGAGAUGUCAGAUAUCCGUGUGAGGAGGAUAUAUUGAGAGCAUAGUAAUUUACUAUUGGUUGUAAAUUCUUUAUUAUACAUUUUACAAAUUAAUAGAUGAUCAUCAAGUUGUUUUUAUCCGAGUUGUAUACAUGAAGAAAUUCUGAAUGACUAUUGUUACAUUCCAGCUUAAUAAAUCAUUAAAUCUAAA